CAACUUGGUACCGCACUAGGUACAACUUGGGGUCACCCUGUACCGUUUUUUAGAGCUUUAUUUUUGUUGUCACGUUGUUGUUGUUGUGAUCCGGAUUUGAAUUCUGUUCGCGGAUUGAGUCACUCGCGAAAAAUGGAAAAUUCCCUCUUCGACAUCGAUGGCAGUGUUCUGGAAGGGGGAGGACAAAUUCUGCGGAUGGCUUUGUGCUUCAGCGCGCUCACAAGAACACCGGUGAGGAUCCGGCAGAUCCGACACGGUCGCAAAAAGCCGGGCCUGGCCGCUCAACAUCUGGCCGGAGUGGAGCUGCUGCGUGAUAUGUGCCAGGGCCGUGUUAAUGGAGCAUCUCUAGGCUCAACGGAAAUCGAAUUCUAUCCGAGCCAAAUCGGCCAGGGAAAAUUUUGUGGACACGUCCAAACGGCAGGGAGCAUUUCACUUUUGCUGCAGGCUGCGCUGCCAUUAGCCAUCUUCGCUCCCGGGCCCGUUACACUCGAUUUACGUGGUGGCACCAACGCAGAUAUGGCCCCACAGGUGGACUUUCUGUCGGAGAUAUUUCGCCCGAACUUGGAACGAUUCGGGGCAUCAUUCGAUUUUGAUCUCAUCCGACGAGGAUACUUCCCCAAGGGAGGUGGCCAUUGCAGUGUCGCUGUGAGGCCGGUACACUCCCUUCGUCCGGUUCAACUAACGGAUGUCGGAAGGGUGCAAAGAUACUUCGGCUGGAGCUACGUUGCAGGAUCGCUACCAUUAAAGAUUGCACUCGAAAUGUUGAAUGGCGCGAGAUCGGUGCUGCAGCAGAUUGGCCCCGCUACUAUCGACAUUCAAGUUUACAAAGAAAGCCCCGAUGUGGCACCAGAAGGAAACUCUUCCGGGAUUAUAUUAGGCUGUGAGACGAACACCGGUGCCAUUCUGGGUGGAUCCGCACUCGGUGGUCGAGGGAAACAGAAUGGCCAGUGUGGAGUGGAAGCUGCCCAGGAGAUUCAAAGCGCGAUUCAAGCCAGUGCUUGCGUUGACCGGCACGUUCAGGACAUGGUGAUCAUUCUGAUGGCACUGGCAGACGGUCGUAGCCGUAUCCGAACGGAACCGUUGACCAUGCACACCAAAACGGCUAUCUACAUAUCGGAGCUGAUGACAAAGGCAAAAUUUAACAUAAUUGAAGACAGCGGCCAGAAUGUGAUAAUCGAGUGUGACGGUAUAAGUUUACUGAAUCCGUUUCAGUAGCAUCGCUUUAAUGACCACAUUAAGCAUUAAGAAUAUGAACCAACACAGAAAGGUCGGUGCGCAAGACUGAACUGAAAAGAAGAUUGAAAUGAUCCUGUGGUUAGCUUAUACCAUGAAAAUACUUCUCUAAAGUUUCAACAUUACGCAUUUGCUUUAAAGCAUCGUUCCAUUGUCCAUACUCCCAUUGCCGGCCUUUGGCGAAAUAUAUUUCUCGAUAUUAAGUAACUCGUA